AUGCCGCCGCGGCCGUUAGGGUGCCUCCCGCAGGAGAUCGUCCUGGAGGUGUUCGGGUGCGCGGGGGUGAGCCGUCUGGUCGAGGUGGAGGCUCGGCCGAGGGUCGGCGCCGUCGGCGCGGCGUUCGCGAAACCGGGGCGGUGGUCGCGCGUGUUGAAAUUCGCGAUGAAGGACGCGGAGAUCUCGCGGCUCGCGGUCGCGAAGAAUCUCACGCCGAUGACGUCGUACACGUUUCGGUGCAGGGCCGGGGUGACGACCGCGGACUUGGGACCGGAGUGGUCGGGCGAGGCGGGGAGAUUGGUGCCGGAGAUUUACGGGCCGUGGAGCGACGAGGUGCGUUCUUCUAUACACUGGUCCCCAUACGACCGCGUCGGCGUGGUGAACGCCGAUCCUUAA